UGUCACAAAGAUAAAUACUUGUGAACUAUUGUGACUGUGAGCACAUUGUGUUUAAUGUUUAGUGACCAUGAAGUGUCUUAAAAAGUUGUUCCAAUUUUCAUCAUGCUUUUUCUUAUUAUUUUUCUCUAUUACCCCCACCUUUGCAAUGCCAAAAAUGGGUAGAAUCUUGCAAAAAAUUCAGCACAAACACGACGUGUAUAGCUUCACUACUACCAAAACUUCUAUAGAUAAAGAUUUGAAAAUCUUAUAUUAUCCUCAAACAUUAGAUCAUUUCAAUUAUCAACCACAAAGUUAUAUGAUAUUCAAACAAAAAUACAUGAUUUAUUCCAAAUAUUGGGGAGGAGCAAAGGUUAAUUCACCUAUAUUGGUGUAUCUUGGAGAUGAAGGACCAAUGUAUGAUGAUCAAAUUGAUGCGUUAAUUCUUCCGGAUUAUGCUGCAAAACUUAAAGCCCUUAUAGUGAUUAUUGAGCAUCGAUAUUAUGGCGAGUCCAAACCAUUUGGAAUGUCGAUGGAGGAAAUCGUAAAAAAUGCAAGCAUUCGCGGGUACUUCAAUUCUGCACAGGCCAUAGCCGAUUAUGCUGAAGUGAUUUUACAUGUGAAGGAAACAAUGAAUGCACAUUAUUCCCCAUUAAUUGUUGUUGGAGGUUCUUAUGGUGGAAUGCUUGCUUCAUGGUUCCGGCUAAAGUAUCCCCAUAUUGCUCUUGGUGCACUCGCCUCCUCUGCUCCCGUGCUAUAUUUCGAUGACAUGAUCUCACCAAAUCAUGGCUACAACUAUGUUGUUACCAAAGAUUUUAAAGAAGCUAGUGAAAGUUGCUAUAGGACUAUCAAAAAUUCAUGGUCUGAAAUCGACAAAAUUGGUUCAAGUGGAGACGGUCUCGCCUACCUUAGUAAAAAGUUCAAUACUUGUGUCCAUCUGGCAGAUACAAGUGCGCUAAAGAACUUCUUGCAGUCUCUAUAUGACAGUACAGCGCAAUAUGGUAACUUAGAAACAAAUCCUUCAACCAUUUGCAAAGCAAUAGAUGAAGGAAUGAAGACAACCGACAUAGUUAGUCGUAUCUACGCAGGCGUUCUUGACUAUUUUAAUAGUACUCAUCACGACUGCGUGGAUACUAAUUAUUUUCAGAUUGGUGAGAGCAUUGUUGGAUAUGAUUGGCAGACCUGCAGUGAAAUGGUGAUGCCUAUAGGUACUAGCAAAUGGUCUAUGUUUCCUCCUCAACCUUUCAAUCUCCGAGACUUUAUUCAAGAUUGCAAGAACAAGUAUAAUGUUAUGCCUCGCCCACAUUGGAUUACAUCCUACUAUGGAGGACAUGACAUGAAACUAAUAUUUGGAAGAUUUGGCAGUAAUAUCAUUUUUUCAAAUGGACUCCAAGAUCCUUACAGUAGUGCUGGGGUAUUGUACAACUUGUCAGAUAGUAUCAUUGCCGUUUAUGCAACACAAGGAUCUCACUGCGUGGACAUACAACAUGCAAAAAAAGAUGAUCCUGAAUGGUUGAUCAAUAUGCGAAACACAGAAAUUGAGAUAAUAAGUGGGUGGAUCAGAAAAUACUAUGACGAUCUCAAACAAUAUUUCAAAUAGCGUUUUAUUCCUUAUCAAGAUAUAUAUAAAAUCACCAACCACCUUUUAUAGUUAUAUAGGAUAAGUUUGGGGUGAUAAACAUCUAAUAAUAAGUGAAACUUUUUUAAUACAAUAUUUAUUAUAUAAGCCAACUAUUGAGAAGUUUGGGUGUGCGCAUAAAAUACCUUAAAUGCUCCUAGUUUUAAUAUUUUAUAAUUUAACAUUAAUAUAUUA